UAUGGAGACACUAAACAGGCAGCAGAGAGAAAUGGCAAUGUGAAGAUUGCGCAGGUGCGACCCUGCAAACUGGAGAACGCACCACAUCCGAUGAGAACCUCUAGAAGAGAGAGACCCCAGUAAAGACCAGCAGAGCAAAGCCCUGUGCCAGCAACACACUCAAAUGUUCCUGAACCUCACCACAGAGAAGGGCCUACAGCAAAUACCAUCGCCACCAGGUGAGGGAAGAGUGAGGCGCAGCUUGCUCAACCUGCCCAUCAUCAACCCAGAGAGACUGCGGACAGCAAAAGUACUGGUCGACAAAGCUGUAAAGAUGCGUAUGGUGUUCUCCAUACAGGGUCCAUACCCUGUGGUUCGGGCUGCCCUGAAGGCGAGGGGUUGGGUAGAGCGCCGCCUGCCGCGUCCAAACCAGCACUGGAGCCGGUGCCGUGGAGAUGAUGGGAAUGAUGCUGAUGACAUUGAUGAUGACGAUGACAGCCCAGACGACAGAGAGGAAGACCCAGAUGACAUGUGUGACCUAAUGUCUCGCAUGGUGAGGAACGAAACGUCAUAUUUCUAUUGGACGACGCGUAGAGAGACAGUGGACAACCGCUCAUUGCGAAAGGAACAGAUGACCAAUCACUAUGCCAAAGCAGGCACCUUCACCACCAAGGUUGGGUUGUGUGUGAACCUGAGGAACCUGCGUUGGUUUGAUGCUGCAGACCUUGACUCCUUCUUCCCACGCUGCUAUAGGCUGGGGGCAGAAGAUGAGAAACAUGCCUUUAUCGAGGACUACAGGAGGACAGCAUGCACCAGCCUUAUACAGUGUGUUGUGGAGAGGAUUCGGGGUGAGCGAGGAGAGGGAGGUGGUACAGCUGGAUCAACUGACCAAUCAUGUCAAAGUCAGAAAAAAGCAUGCAAGCGUCGAGCCAUGUCAUUGGUGGCCUCCAGAAUGAUUGACAGUGCACUAAAAGUUUGCCAGGACUUCCUGGACAGCUUGGAACACAAUGACAUAGACAUUGCCUUGGAAACACCACCAUCCCUAACAGAACAAGAGUGGCUGGAGUUCAUCCACAAUUACUACCUGGUUGUCCAUGAUGGUGUAGAGAUAGAGGAGAGUUUUCACUAUGUGAACAGCUGUCAGGCUAUGUUGCGGAAGCUUCGUGAUGUCAAUCCACAGCUAGACACAGACGGCAUCCACAACAUCUGGAUAGUCAAACCUGGGGCCAAGUCCCGGGGCAGAGGCAUCAUGUGUGCCAAGCGGCUGGAUGACAUCCUGAGGCUGGUGGACAGUGACCCAGCCCUGAUCAAGGAUAGUAAGUGGGUGGUGCAGAAGUACCUGGAGCGCCCCCUGCUGGUCCACGGCACCAAGUUUGACCUCCGCCAGUGGUUCCUGGUGACUGACUGGAACCCUCUCACUGUCUGGUUUUAUAAGAAGUGCUACCUACGCUUCUCCACCCAGCCCUACUCAGUUGAGACACUGGACAGUUCUGUCCACCUGUGUAACAACUCCAUACAGAAGCACUUUCAGCCCUCCCAGCAGCGUCACCCAGAGGUGCCUGAGGACAACAUGUGGUCAUGUGACCAGUUCCGGGCCUUCCUGUCUGGACAGGGCCGAGCAGCAGAGUGGGGGUCUGUGGUGGUCCCAGGGAUGAAGAAGGCUGUGGUCCACGCCCUGCAGACUGCCCAAGACCUGGUGGAGUCACGCAGAGGGAGCUUUGAACUCUACGGAGCCGACUUCAUGCUAGGUCGUGACCUGAGGCCAUGGCUGAUAGAGAUCAAUGCCAGCCCUACCAUGGCCCCCUCUACAGCAGUGACAACACGCCUGUGUGCAGCCGUGCAGGAGGACACUCUACGGGUGGUCCUGGACCGUCGGUUGGACCGAGGGGCGCACACUGGGGGCUUUCAGCUUAUAUACAAACAGCCCAUCCUGCUGUCUCUGCGGCGUGGUCAGGCUACGGUGACCUACGCCCAGAGCCUUCUGGGAGCUCCUGAGACCCGUCUCACUGCCCUGGACAAUGGCCUGAGGAUCGCAUCGGAGGAGACCGGACACAGCACAUGCACUGUUGGGCUGUGGAUCGGCUGUGGAAGUCGCUAUGAGACUGAGAAGAACAAUGGAGCUGGGUUCUUCCUGGAGCACAUGGCUUUCAAGGGGACAAAGAAGCACACCCAGAUGGCCCUGGAGCAGCAGGUGGAGUCCAUGGGUGCUCACCUGAGUGCCUACACUUCCCGGGAGCACACUGCCUACUACAUGAAGACCCUGGCCAAAGACCUGCCAAAAGCGGUGGAGCUGUUGUCAGAGGUAGUGCAGAGCAAUGCCCUGAACGAGGCUGACAUAGAGCAGCAGAGGAGUGUGGUGCUGAGAGAGCUGGAGGAGGUGGAGGGCAGUCUACAGGACGUCUGUUUGGACCUGCUGCAUGCCACAGCUUUUCAGGGUACCCCCCUGGGACACAGUGUGCUGGGACCGUCCCAAAACGCCAGGACUUUGAGUCGACAGGAUCUGGUAGAUUUCAUCAGGAGCCACUACAAGGCCCCCCGCAUGGUGCUGGCAGCUGCUGGAGGUGUGACUCAUGAGGAACUGGUUGGGUUGGCCAAACAGCACUUUAGCGGGAUUUCCUUUGAGUACGAGGAUGAUGCCGUGCCUGUUCUGUCCCCCUGCCGCUUCUCUGGCAGCGAGAUCCGCAUGCGUGAUGAUGAUAUGCCCCUUGCACAUAUUGCUAUCGCUGUGGAGGGGGCCAGUGCCGCCAGCCCAGACAUUGUGCCUCUAAUGGUGGCCAACUCCAUCAUUGGCAGCUAUGACAUCACUUUUGGUGGUGGAAAGCACCUGAGCAGCCGCCUGGCUCGUCUAGCCUCAGAGGAGAGUCUGUGCCACAGCUUUCAGGCCUUCCACUCAUCCUACAGCGACACUGGUCUGCUGGGCAUCUACUUUGUCACUGACAAACACCACAUCGAUGACAUGAUGCACUGGUCACAGAACGCAUGGAUGAACUUGUGUACCACAGUGACAGAGAGUGAUGUUGCCAGAGCCAAAAACGCCCUCAAGGCCAGCCUGGUGGGACAGCUCGACGGAACGACACCGAUAUGUGAUGACAUCGGCAGGCACGUCCUGAACUAUGGCCGCCGUAUCCCCCUGGCUGAGUGGGACGCCCGCAUCGAUGCUGUGACGCCCAGGAUGGUGCGUGACGUCUGCUCCAAAUAUAUCUAUGACAAGUGUCCCGCUGUGUCUGCUGUUGGCCCCGUUGAGCAGCUGCCUGACUACAACAGAAUGCGCAGUGCCAUGUACUGGCUCCGCUUCUAAGAACCCAAUAGUGUUGCUCUCUGCGUGUUCCUUUCACUCUGAGGACUGCCUCAGCUCAUCAGCACAGAUCUGCAUCGGCUCCAUCAAAGGUCCCUCUCCUCCAUCUCUCGCUCUAUUCCUGCUAUGUUAGUUUUAGUUGGUUAUGAGGGAGAGAACCACUGUUGAGGGGGUGAAUAAGUUCUGAGUGUUCUGUUUCCCUGUAAUUAUCAAUAAUUACCUCUUGAGAAAGAUUGUAAUACUGAAGAUUUUUGUUAAUGUAACUGAGCCUUUUCAUGCACCUGGUACUGUUCUGGGGAAGAGAGGGGAACACCUGAAGACAUUCAGUGAUAAAUACAUAUACAGCAAAAUCAGGGCACUGUACAACCAGUUAAUGUAGAGCAAAAGUAUUUAUGAAUUGAUGUAGUAUUUUGUUUCUGUCCUAUUGUACAUAACAGAAGCUCUCAUUCCGACAAAUUAAAAUAAAACAUUGUAAAACA